AACAAGAAGAAGAAGAAGAAGAAGAAGAAGAAACAACCUGUUUAUUCAAUCAAACUCGUGUUGAUCGUAGAUAAUAUCAUAACUCUUAUAUAAAGCCAGGCUGUUUGGAUCCGUCAUGUUUCAUCAGUAGUCCAAGGAUGUGAUAAUAAACCGGCCGCUAUUACUUCAGACUCGUUGAAGAGAGCUGGUUUGGAUCAUGCUGCUGGAUGUGAUUCAGACUGUAGGAGGAUUCAUCCUCGUGGAAGACACCGUGCAGUGCUCCGGGAGAGGACUCCUCCGGUGCUUCAUUAAUGCAGCAGUGAAGAGGCAAGAAGAGGACGUGCAUGUGCUGGGCUUCGAGAGUCCUGAAGCAGAAAUGUGUGCUGGUCUGGACAGCAGCUGCGUGCAGAGGCUUCAUUUUCACAAGGGUUUCCCGGAUCCUCUCGGCUGGACGCGCAGAUCGUCUUUCACCAUCGAGCGGUUCACUUCUCAACACAUAACUCAGCUCUUCAAAGACACACAGCGAGCCAAAGCAUCAGUGCUUGUUGUUGACUCUCUCUCGAUGGUUUUGAGACAUCGUGACCCUGUUGUCUUCUGCCAGACACUUCAAGAGCUCAGGAAAGGAGGCGUUAUUAAAACUAUCAUCGGCCUCCUGCAUUCAGAUUUGCAUCAGCAAGGCAUUGUGGGUAUCGUGUGCCACUUGGCCAGCACUGUUAUCUCUGUGUCACCUGCAGACAAUGAACGCCAUUCUGUGGCAAAGACCACAAGACGCACAAAGUCUGGCAAAGUCAUGCAAGAGGAGGAGUAUUUCAGUGUGUCCGAGGACGCAACUCUUUCAGUGCAGGCCAAACCACAUCAGCCUGGACGUGGACAGAAAGAGCCAGACGUGUCUGAGACUGAUCCCACGUCAAACCUGACGUUCAAUCUGCGUCUGUCGGAGGAGGAGAGAAGAGCCAAAGAGAAAGUAGCAUUGCCCUUUGUGUUUAGUCAACAGAAGAAAUCGGCUCUUCUGAGGCCGGCUCCUGGCUCCGGGAGGAUCGUGUACGAACCGGAUGCUAGCGACGACUUCGACGAGGAGGAUCCAGAUGACGAUCUUGAUGUUUGAAUGAAGACCUUAAUCUGUCAUUAAGUCUGCGCCUGUCUGUUGUCUAUGAACUAUUACAAGGCCAGCUCUGAGAAUGCUUUAUGACGGAUAUGAAUCAAUGAACCAAGUUAAUGUUAUGCAGUUUUUGUAUUGGUAGGAAAAUUGGUGGAUUAAAAAAAAAAAACCUCACUUGAACAUAUUUCAAUUUACUGCUUGAUUGUGAUUAUCCCAUGUGAGAUUAAAAAUGAUUCUCCAAACUAAAAAUAUUACAAUAAAUGAUCAAUAAAAUUCAUAUUGAAAGUCAAA